AUGGAUGGAGUGAAGAGACAUCUGCCUGCGUGCUUCCUGCCUCCUGUGCCCUUGUUAAUCGUAGUGUCCACGCUGGCGACCGCCAGCAGUGUGACCAGCAGCACUUUGAACGGCACCGACGUGGCGGUGGGCUCCGCGCCCGUGGUGGUUGCCAGAACUGACCAUAUCAUCGUCAAGGAAGGGAACAGUGCCUUGAUCAACUGCAGUGUCUACGGCCUUCCCGAACCCCAGCUCAAGUGGUACAAUUCGGCGGGCAAACUGCUGAAGGAAAAUGAGGAGGAUCGAGGGGGAGGAAAGUGGCAGAUGCAUGACGGCCUCCUGAACAUCACCAAGGUGUCCUUCUCGGACCGAGGGAGAUACACGUGCGUGGCCUCCAACGUGCACGGCACCGUGAACAACACGGUGACGCUGCGGGUGGUCUUCACGUCGGGCGACAUGGGCGUGUACUACAUGGUGGUGUGCCUGGUGGCCUUCGCCGUGGUGCUGGUGCUCAAUGUCACCCGCCUCUGCAUGAUGAGCAGCCACCUGAAGAAGACGGAGAAGGCCAUCAACGAGUUCUUCCGCACGGAGGGCGCUGAGAAGCUGCAGAAGGCCUUCGAGAUCGCUAAGCGCAUCCCAAUCAUCACGUCAGCCAAGACGCUGGAGCUGGCCAAGGUCACGCAGUUCAAGACCAUGGAGUUCGCCCGCUACAUCGAGGAGCUGGCACGCAGUGUGCCGCUGCCCCCACUCAUCAUGAACUGCAGGACCAUCGUGGAGGAGCUCAUGGAGGUGGUGGGCCUGGAUGAGCAUGGCCACCAGAACUUCGUGCGCCACACGCCCGAGGGCCAGGAGGCCGCAGCCGUCGACGGGGACGAGGUCUACACCAUCCCCGACGCUGACUCUGAUGCCUCGUCGCUGCACGAGCAGCCCCAGCAGAUCGCCAUCGAGGUGUCUGUGCACCCCCCAGCCCGCCGGGAGCCCUCGGACGACCAGGCCGCCGGGUCCCUGGAGCCCGGAGACGAGGAGGAGGACACCGAGCCGUCGGCCGAGCGCUCCCCGGAGUCCGCGGCGCCCUCCACCGAGGUCACGUCGGCGGCGCUGACCUCCGAGGAACCAACGCCCGUCGAGGUGCCGGACCGCGUCCUGCCGCCUGGUCUGCUGGAGGCCGCGGAGCCAGCCAGGCCGCGGGACGGGAGCACCCAUGUCGUCUAUGAAAGCCAUGUCUAA